CUACUGUGAAAAUGUCAACAUUGUCAUCUGUCCUGAGUGUUUUCACACCAAACACUGAUGAUACUGUAAACACAGCAGCAGCACUAUGUCCCACACACUGUCUGAGUUGUGCUGUUAUUGUGUUGGAGUGAACCCUAUUCGUCAACACCAUUUUCUCUGAGUGUGGAAGAAUAAUUUUUAGAGACCAUGAAUGCUUCCUGUGUCCAGUGUCUGAAGACUCUGAUCGUCUGCCUCCACUUCCUCUGCUGGCUGUGUGGUGCCUUCGUGGUGGCCUUUGGAGAAUUCCAGAUGGUGCAUUCCAGAUUUGCUUCCCUAGUCACCACCUUCUGGCCCAUCUACCCAGCCAAUACCCUGGUUGUCACUGGGACCAUCGUUACCUGUGUGUGUUUUCUGGGCGUUCUAGGGUCCAUGAAGGAGAACCGCUGCAUGAUCAUCACUUUUUUCCUGACGCUGUUUAUACUGAUCUUAGUGGAACUGGCCAUGGCCCUGGUCUUCCUGGUCUACAGCAGAGAGAUUGACAAAUAUUUUGAGAAAGACUUGAUGAAAAGUUUACAGAUCUACAGAGAAUCCAAUCCAGGAGAAAACGUGAUCAUCAAAGACGACUUUGACGACGUUCAACAUAUAUUCCAGUGUUGCGGAGUCCACGGUGAGUCUGACUGGCUGGGAAAAGUUCCAAUCUCCUGCUGUGUUGAAGAUCCAUGUGACGUCAUCACUCAUAGCAACUGGCAGGAGGGUUGUCUAUUUCUACUGAAGGACUGGUUUUCUAGAAACUACCUGAGCACUGGAGCAGGUGUCAUCACCAUGUUCAUCAUACAGUUGGUGUGUAUUUGUGUCACCUUCCCGCUCUUUUGUCACAUCAGCAGACGUGGACUUGGAUAUCAAUAAAAAAUUAAUAAACUUAAUAUUUAUUUUUCACAUCUUGCUUUAUACUACUAAUUUAUGUCAGGAAACUUUUUCUUUUAGAUAGGACUGUAAAAUAUGCUGUUAGU